UAUUCUCCGCAUCCAGCGUAUUGUAGCAAGAAGCAACAGAUUAUAAAAUUCGUUAUUCUGGUGCCUAUUCUCACUUUCUCCGCCAAUCUAUUUCUUACAUCCAAACCUGACCCAAAAAAAUCAAAGAUUUCGCAUUUUUCCCUUCUUCGAAUGGCAGCAAUAUCAGGGAAGACUGCUCAAAAUGUAUUUCUGGCACAGUGUUGCCAACGGAAUAGACAAUUAGACACCCAACAUCUCAGGGGCUGUUCUGCCCCUAAUUUGCGCAACUUGCUUCCCCUGCAUGGGAGGAAGCUGGCAUGGGCUGGAAUGUCAGCCAUGCAGUUGCACGCUUUGGCAAAAUACCAGAGCGGUCCCAGGAACCAAGCAAGUGUCCAUUGCAACGCUGCCGCAUAUGCCAGUGCAGUCCCAUCUUUUGAAAAAGUUGAUUUUUGUAAGCUUCAAAAUGGAAGUGAUAUUCGAGGUGUUGCUCUUGCUGGUGUUGAGGGAGAACCAAUCAACCUCACAGAACCAGUUGCCGAAGCAAUAGCUGCUGCCUUUGCUACAUGGUUAUCCGACAAAAAGAAAGCAGAUGCACCAAGACGUCUGAGAGUUUCAAUUGGUCACGAUUCACGAAUUUCUGCACAGAUGCUACAGGAUGCAGUUUCUCGAGGAAUUGCCAGUGCCGGCCUGGAUGUUAUCCAAUAUGGAUUGGCAUCUACACCGGCAAUGUUUAACAGUACGCUCACGGAGGAUGAGGAAUUCUUCUGUCCAGUUGAUGGAUCCAUAAUGAUAACAGCUAGCCAUCUUCCAUACAAUCGAAAUGGAUUUAAGUUCUUCACAAAUGCUGGAGGACUGGGAAAAGCUGACAUCAAGGAAAUCUUGGAGCGUGCCGCGAGUAUAUAUGAUAACUACUCAGUUGAAAGUUUAAAGGAAUCACAACGAGCAGUUUCUGCGGCUGUGAAAAGGGUAGACUACAUGACAGUUUAUACAUCUGAUCUUGUAAAGGCAGUUCGUAAAGCUGCAGGAAAUAUAGAGAAACCAUUGGAUGGAUUCCAUGUAGUUGUUGAUGCAGGGAAUGGAGCAGGAGGUUUCUUUGCGGGAAGGGUGCUUGAACCUUUGGGAGCAAUUACUUCUGGCAGUCAGUUCUUGGAGCCAGAUGGUAUGUUUCCAAAUCAUAUUCCCAAUCCGGAAGAUAAAGAGGCAAUGAAAGCUAUAACCCAGGCAGUCCACAAGAACAAUGCUGAUUUAGGCAUAAUCUUUGAUACAGAUGUAGACAGAUCUGCUGCUGUAGAUUCUACUGGUCGUGAGUUCAACCGCAAUCGGCUCAUUGCUUUAAUGUCUGCCAUUGUUCUGGAGCAACAUCCAGGAACAACUAUUGUCACAGACAGUGUUACUUCAGAUGGGUUGACUACAUUUAUUGAAAAGAAACUCGGAGGAAAACAUCACCGAUUCAAAAGAGGCUACAAAAAUGUCAUCGAUGAAGCAAUUCGCUUGAACUCUGUUGGUGAAGAGUCACAUCUAGCUAUUGAAACCAGUGGCCAUGGAGCACUCAAGGAGAAUCACUGGCUGGAUGAUGGAGCAUACCUCAUGGUGAAGCUCCUAAAUAAACUUGCUUCUGCCCGGGCUUCAGGAAUGGAUACUGGUAGCAAAGUUCUAACUGAUCUUGUAGAGGGCCUGGAAGAACCAGCUGUUGCUAUGGAACUAAGAAUCAAGAUAGAUCAGAAUCAUCCGGAUAUCAAUGGAGGAUCUUUCCGUGACUAUGGAGAGGCAGUGCUGAAACACCUGGAGAAUUUAAUAGGUUCAGAUUCAAAGUUGCAAAAAGCCCCUAUUAACUAUGAAGGCAUUCGUGUCUCUGGAUAUGGCGGGUGGUUCCUACUCAGACUCUCCCUUCAUGACCCUGUUUUGCCUCUUAAUAUCGAGGCACCGAGUAACGAGGAUGCCAUGAAGCUUGGGCUCGCUGUACAGGCUGCUGUUAAAGAGUUCCCAGCAUUGGAUACAUCAGCACUAGACAAGUUUGUCCAAGCAUCAUAGUUGAAGGAUUUGUCGCGGUUUUUUCCAACAAUGAAAGCCUUACGACCAGCUAUGGCGCCUGUCAUUAUUGGGUUUCCUGAACUUGUUAGUAGUUUGUUUUAAUUUGAUUUGGGAUUGCCAAAUUGCAGAUCAAGAGGUGGCCGAUUGUUCUGAUGUUCUUCUCCGAAACUCAGGGCACUCAAAUGAGCAGUUUGGGUGGAUGGCAAUCCAUAUGGUGCUAUAAUAAUGGCAGUGGGAAUAUAUCACCAAAAUACGAUUUGAAAUUGACAGUGCAACAUGGUCGGUCCAAAUCAUAACUGAGUUGUUUUGUAGGAGCAGGAUUUGAAGAGAAUGAGAAGGAAACGUGCAUUGUAGUGCA